GAAUCUUGAUGAAUAUGACAUAUUUGAAAUAUGUGAAUUCCUCAAGCUAAAUAUAGAGCCUCAACCAGAAUUUUCUCAAUCGAUCCCACAAGAAAGAGAGAUAUGGAAGAAACAAAGAGAGUUGCAAAAUUGAGUGAGGAAGAAGAAGCUCAUGCAGAGGUAGAAAUAUGGAACUACAUAUUCGGGUUUGCCAAAAUGGCAGUAGCAAAAUGUGCCAUUGAACUUGGGAUACCUGAUGCCGUUGGAAGCCAUGAAAUCCCCAUUUCCCUCACUGAGCUAUCUUCUGUUCUUGGCUGUGAACCGUCUCGUUUGCACCGCAUCAUGAGGUUUCUCGUUCAUUUCCAAGUGUUCAAGGAGAAAGCCACGAGCCAGGGCACCACAGGCUACAUACAGACGCCUCUGUCUCGGCGGAUGAUGAAACAGGGUGAAAACAGCAUGGCCGCUCUCAUUUUACUCGAGACCAGCCCGGUGAUGCUGGCACCAUGGCAUCACUUGAGCGAUCAUGUCUCCAGUGGGACAUUCCCGUUUGUCGCGGCCCACAGUGUGGACGUAUGGAGCUAUACAGCUAGAGAUGCUAGUCACAGCAACCUUAUCGACGAGGCAAUGGCUUGUGGUGCUAGAGCGGCAGUACCUGCCAUAAUAAACGGCUGUCCGGAGGUGUUUGAUGGAAUUGGGAGUUUGGUUGAUGUUGGAGGCGGAAACGGAACAACUCUUAGGAUGUUAGUUAAGGCAUUUCCAUGGAUCAAAGGCAUCAACUUUGAUCUUCCCCAUGUUGUCUCUGUUGCACCAGAGUUAGACUCCAUCAAGAAAAUCGGGGGUGACAUGUUUCACAGCGUUCCAAAGGCCGAUGCUGCUUUCCUCAUGUGGUGUUUGCACGAUUGGGACGACGAGGAAUGCAUCAAGAUUCUGAAGAACUGCAGAGAAGCCAUCCCGGUGGAGAAGGGGAAAGUGAUAAUUGCUGAAGCUGUAAUUGGAGAGGAGAGAGAGGAAGAUGAUAAGCUGGAUUUUGUGAGGUUGAUGCUAGACAUGGUUAUGAUGGCUCAUACUAGCAAAGGCAAGGAGAGAACCUUGAAAGAAUGGGACUAUGUUCUUACCAGGGCCGGAUUCAGGAGAUACAACAUAAGACACAUUCGUGCAGCUUCGUCUCUUAUUGAAGCUUUUCCAUGAUAUUUCAAAGAACCCUAAAUCUGUAGUUUCAUCUAUUACUGGUGAAACCAUGAACCAUUAUAAAUUCAGGCCAAAAUAAAAGCCUUUAGAGUCCUUUAAAGUCCAUUACAUUGAGAGCUUUGAUUAAUAUUUGGAUGUCAAUGUACCAAUUGCCAUUUAACGUGGUAUCUUCUUUUCUCCCUGCCUCCUCUCUGUUAAAAAGAAAUCCUGCCAUCCUCU